ACGUGGACCCACCGCCUUCAUGCUGAACUUGAUAUACCCAUCGGACCUCUGCAAAUUAAGGAGUACUAACAACAAUAUUGACACUAUGAACUCUCGUUGCGUACCCUGCGAUCGAGAUUUCAGCAGCGACGAGGCUCUGCAGCAACAUAAACGAGACUCAUCUGCGCACAAGUUCGACUGUACAACAUGUGAUCGCCAAUUCAGCAACGACAGGGCUCGGGCACAGCACUACCAGAACGCCGCUAUUCAUGCUCAGUCCUUCGAACAUCCAAUCGAUCUCGCAAUGCCUCCUCAAAAACAAAAGCCGACCACGAAACGAAAGUCAACCAUGAAACCGAAGUCAACUAAAAAAUGGUCGAUGUACCCUUCACUCCACAAUGACGUGUCCGACCUCCUUUACGAAGACAACCUCUUCUUUAGCUUCUACGAGAAGGACGACGACAAUAGCUGCAUAGACGAUUACGACACGAAUAUCAUGGGUCAGUUUACUUGCAGCAAUACAGCAUGCUUAGCUGUCUGGAAAAGCAAGCAAAUAGCCAUCACUAUACGAAGAUAUUCCAACGAGCGAUACAAUGUAAGAGUAUAUUACCAAUCCUGCAAACGUUGCAGGAUGACGAGUGAACCACAACUGGAUUAUUCAUACACAGAAAGAGUGGCAUAUCGUCUCAAAAAGUGGUCUGGAGUCCAGGUGGAACGCCCUCCCUUCUCAGGGCAGAGUGAUGGGCCACACAGGAGCGAUCCAUGCGAAGGGUGUAAGCAGGGCCAUUGCAGCAAAAUGGGACUAUAG